AUGCCGUUGAUUGACAAGGCCACCGACAACGGCGAGCUAAAGCAGAGGCAGCCGGAGCAGGAGCUGGUCUGCGUCACGGGCACGGGAGGCUUCAUCGGCUCGUGGGUGGUGAAGGAGCUCCUCCUCCGUGGCUACCGCGUCAGGGGAACUGCCAGGGACCCAUCUGACUGCAAGAACGCACAGCUGCUGGCCCUGCAGGGUGCCCACGAGAGGCUCACCCUGUGCCGCGCCAACGUCCUCGACUACGACGGCCUCUGCGCCGCCUUCCGCGGCUGCAAGGGCGUCUUCCACGACCUCGUGCCGGUCACCGUAGAGGGCACCAGGAACGUGAUCAGCGCGGCCGCGGACGCCGGCGUGCGGCGUGUGGUGUUCACGUCGUCCUACGGCGCCGUCCACAUGGACCCUAACCGCAGCCCCGACACCGUGCUCGACAAGACCUGUUGGAGUGACUAUGACUUCUGCAAAAACACAGGUAACUUGUACUAUUGCGCGAAGAUGAUGGCGGAGAUCACGGCGACGGAGGAGGCAGCCAAGAGGGGGUUGGAGCUGGCGGUGGUGGUGCCGUCCAUGACCAUGGGCCCCAUGCUACAGCCGGCGCUCAACUUCAGCAGCAGCCACAUAGCCCGCUACCUCACCGGCGCCAAGCCCACCUACCCCAACGCCGUCGCCACCUACACCGACGUCCGCGAUGUCACCCACACCCACGUCCUUGUCUAUGAGCAUCCCGAGGCUUGCGGCCGCUACCUCUGCAUCGGCGCUGUGCUGCAUCGCACACACUUCCUCCAGCUCCUCAGCGAGCUCUUUUCGCAGUACCACAUCACCGCCAAGUGUGAAGAUGAUGGCAAGCCAAUGGCGAAGCCCUACAAGUUCUCCAACCGGAGGCUCACGGACCUGGGAUUGGAGUUCACUCCAGUGAGGGAAAGUUUGUACGAGAGGGUGACGUGCUUGCAGAAAAAGGGCCACCUGCCUCUGCCCGUUGAUCCCCUGGCGCCAAAGUGUGCCUACUUGUAA